AUGACUGUCAAAAGAGAACCAGUCGACAUUUCUGCCUUUGCAACCACUCAACUCGCUCUUCUUGAACAAGAACUUCAGACAGAGAUCAACGAGACGAGCACACUCAUCUCCAACCACAGCCCGACAGCCCUUCAACGAGCUGGUCUUGCUCUUACGAACCUCGUUGUCUCGGACCAGCGUACUGGUCUUGGGGGCCGAACAGUUCUCGAGCUCUCUCCGGAUGCCGCCACGGGCUCACCUGACGAAUUACCUGAGCAUGGCUUACGCACUGGAGACAUUGUUCUUGUCGCUGAGCAGCCGGCGGGAAGCGCCAAAAAGCGUGAAGUAAAGGACUUGGAGAAGAAGGGGGCAAGAGGAGUUGUUACCAGAGUGAACAGAGGAUGGAUUGCUGUUGCGGUCGAUGAGGGGAAGGAAGAAGUUGGCUUCUUGGGCAGAGUAUGGGCUGUCAAAUUGGCAGACGAAGUGACAUACAAGAGUCCAUCGCCAGUUUCCCAAGACUUAUCUAAAGAUGAAACCGUGGGUAAUCUCGAGUGGUUUGAUCCAACGCUCAACGACUCACAAAAGAAUGCAAUUCGGUUCGCUUUACUGUCUCGAGAAGUCGCCUUGAUUCACGGGCCCCCGGGAACUGGCAAAACUCAUACUCUGAUCGAGCUGAUUCUCCAGAUGAUCAGACUGGGGCAAAGAAUUCUUGUCUGCGGGCCUUCCAACAUUUCUGUUGACAACAUCGUCGAGCGACUAGCUCCUCACAAAAUCCCGAUCCUUCGCCUGGGCCAUCCCGCUCGCUUGCUUCCUUCCGUGGUUGACCACUCGCUCGACGUACUCACGCAUACAUCAGAAGCGGGUGCUAUUGUGAAAGAUAUCAGGACAGAAAUGGACACCAAGCAGGCCUCGAUCAAGAAGACGAAAAGCGGCAAGGAGCGCAAAGCAAUCUACACUGACCUCAAAGAACUGAGAAAAGAGUUUCGUGAACGAGAACGUCGCUGCGUCAGUACACUGAUUGGCGGCAGCAAGGUCGUUCUUGCAACACUGCAUGGGGCAGGAGGCUAUCAGCUGCGGAACGAUGAGUUUGAUGUUGUUAUCAUCGAUGAGGCCAGCCAAGCCCUGGAGGCCCAGUGUUGGGUCCCUCUCGUAUCUGCUAAGAAGGUUGUCUGUGCCGGUGACCAUCUGCAGCUCCCGCCAACCAUCAAAUCAAGCAAUGCAAAGGUCAAGGCGCCAGUCAAAGACGGCACAACAGUCACAAAGGGCAUCACGCUUGAGAUCACCUUGUUUGACAGACUGCUGGCAUUGCACGGGCCCUCCAUCAAACGCAUGCUAACCACCCAGUACCGAAUGCACGAGAGUAUUAUGCGGUUCCCUUCUGAUGAAUUAUACGACUCUAAGCUGAUCGCUGCUGAUGCGGUGAAACAUCGCCUCUUGAAGGACCUUGAAUAUGAGGUUCAGGACAAUGAGGACACCAAUGAACCUGUCAUCUUCAUAGAUACACAGGGAGGCGACUUUCCCGAAAAGAACGAAGAAGACGACAAGGAGACUCCUAGAAAGGGCAGAGCAGGUUUGCAUGGUGACAGCAAGAGCAACGAGAUGGAGGCUGCUCUUGUACAACAGCACGUGAGGCAACUCGUGGGUGCCGGGGUCCGCCCAGAAGAUAUAGCUGUCGUGACACCUUACAAUGCCCAGCUCGCCAUACUAGCUCCGCUGAAGGACAAAUUCCCGGGCAUCGAGCUCGGUAGUGUUGAUGGCUUUCAAGGUCGCGAAAAAGAGGCCGUAAUCGUGAGCCUCGUUCGGAGCAACUCUGAGGGCGAGGUUGGAUUCCUCGGCGAGAAGCGCCGUCUCAACGUCGCAAUGACACGCCCGAAGCGUUCUUUGACGGUUAUUGGAGACUCAGAGACAGUUCAGAGGGGAAGCAGCUUCUUGAAGAAAUGGAUGCAGUAUCUCGAAGACAACGCCGACCUGCGAUACCCAGAUGCAUCUAGCUUAACGCACGACUAA